UUAAAAAAUCUAGCGCGGCGGUAACUUCAAAUCGACAUGAAUUGAGCCAGGUUUCGUUAGCAAUUUUAUCAUAAUCUGACGUUAAAAUGAUCUGAGGCAGGCUCUUUCCUAGUCUCUAAUUGAAUAUAAGGAAAAAGGGAUGGAGAAGGAGAAUUUUUUCACCAAACUUCGCCGUGUGGCAACGUCUACAGAAAGCGAAACGACAAGAUUGAAGAUGUGCAUGGAGAAACCAGCUGCGGUUAGAACAGCUUCAAGUUCAAAUUAUCACCAUGGACAAGAAGGAUCGCUGGCCAGCUCAAGGCUUGUAUUGAAGGAGAUGCAGUUUGAUGCACAGAAAAUGAAGGAGAAAGUCAACCAGCAGUUGAAAGAACUCAGUACUUCAUCAGACUCAUUUGAGGAGAUUGUAGAUGCCUGUCAGGGUCUGUGUGAGGUCACACAACAGCAGCUGACCGAUCUUGAGACGCACCUGGCACAAUAUGGAUAUAAGAAGUACCACAGGAAGGAGACACAACAUGUGCAACAAGGCAAAACGCAGAAACAAGACAAGGAGAAUACUGCACCUGAAACUCACCCAGAAACAGUCAAGGACACUUCCAGCACUGAAGAAAAGAUCCCCUCCACACCAACCAAAGUCCCUUCCUCAGCUCCCCCUGUAGACCCCAACAAGACACCUCAACUGGCAGAUUUUGGCAUCAGUCAAUGGACAAUUGACCGACUGGCUCAUGUGGGCUUGAAUGGCACACCACAAGACUUGAAGACGGGGGGUUUUCCUGGCUCUCAGUACGGAAGUGUUACCUCAGCCAUACCUAGCCAUGUCUACCCAUCAACCCCCCAGCAGCAAUCCCAGAAGCCGUGGCAACGUACCCCCUUCACAAAUCGGACCAUCCUUGUCACCCCUGGCUUGUUUGGUGAUCAGACCAUUCCCACCGAGACACCCCAACAAUUCAUUGAUUCAAAGUCUUAUCUCCUGGACUCCCCAGUCCCACCAGUGCUGAUGUCAACGCAGAAGAGCUGGCCCAUAACCUCUGACCUCAGGGUCACAAGUCGACGGAAUAAUGAUGUGAUUAGUCCUGAGCCAGAGCCUCCAACUGUCACAAUGUGGGCUGAGCAUAUCCCUCUUCCAGCACCCCCGACGCAGCUGCACGUCCCUCCUAAUUCGGCAGACACAACACCCCCCAUGCCCCUGUGUCUAGCAUCCCAGGCCACCCAGGCUCCAAUGCCAGCAGAGCCUGCUUGCCUGGUGGACAGGUUCACCAGUGAGCCCUUGCUUCCCUGUGAGCCGGUACAGCUGUACCAUCAGUUCUCCACCAACAAGAUGCCAACAGAGCCCAUUCAGCUCACAGAGAAGUUUGCCCGUCCGUCAGAGCCUCCGGCCGAGCCAGUGCAACUUGCAGAAAGGUUUGGGUCGGAAUUCCACCUCCCACAAGAACCCCAGGUUCUAAAUGGCUCCUUGUUACCAGCUGGCUCAGGCGGUGGUCAACCUUCACAACCGGCUACUCCCAAGGGUCAUCAACGACUGGCCACACUAGCAAUGGAACAUGAGAUGCCACAGACACCUGAACUGACUGUGACACACCAAAGGUUCCUUGAAAUCAAGCCAACUUCCGGAGAACCGGUCUCUCAACCCCCUAGGGUAUCAGCGGAUAGCAUUCCAUUCCCCACACUAAGUAACAGUCAUGAUGACGUGCCCAAGCCACCUGUCCUACAGAGUAUGUACUCUGAAAACCAAGUAACGAAGGCUGGAUUGGAAGCUCAGCAAACUUCAGUUGCGAAUGGCUCCAAAUACUCAGUUACUCCCGUGACAGAUGCAGAGUUUGGACAAGUCGCUGAUUAUCUCCAGCGUCUGUUUCCCCUGGAUGUCAUCAACCAGAAGGUAGCCGACAUCAAUGCCAUGCUGGCCCAGAACAAAGGUGUCAGCUUCCUAAACGAGGCAGAUAUGCAGGGGCUCCAGCUGGGCUCCAAGACCAGGGCUUUCUCCCUACUGCUGGCUAAACUCAGGCGGCUCAGUAUGGGCAAGAAACCAGACAGUGGGGAAAUGGUCUUCUACGUCAUCAACUGACCGCUCAUCAGUGGUACAUCCUAUUUGUUUGUUUGUUUUUAUCGUAAUGUACCCCUAGGCAUGUGACUGGAUUAGAUUUUUUUCUAGGCCCAAAUUCAUGGUGCUGCUUAUCGCAGAAUUUCGCGAUUAAGAUCUCCAUUCUGCUCCGACCAAAUUCUGUUGCCAAACGUUUAAGCACAGAAUUCUCAUUUAAAGGAUGUAAGCAUGCGCACAAGCCAUAAUUCCUCACUAACCCGUGAAAUAUGUUCACCCUAAGCACAGAAUUUGCUUCUAUGGUAAGCAGUCCCAUAAAAUUGGGCCCUGAUCAGGACAGCCUUCUGUGCCAAUAUACAUAUAUGCCAGAGCUGUUUAUAGUGAAAGUUGCGACAUAACGGUAACCAUAAUUGGCACCAAAGUGGUGGAUUAUGCAUCAGUUGACACGGACAAUUAGCACACAAUAGCCGCUAGCUGUACUGGGGCCAAUUUCAUAG